AUGCACGACAUAGCCAGCCGCAGUGCUCCAGAAAUGUCUAAGGAGAAAGUAAAAGGGGCAUCUGGUGGAGCUUUACCCAAAAGGAGGAAUUCCAAGAUUUUUUUAGAUCUAGAUACUGAUGACGAUUUAAAUAGCGACGAUUAUGAAUAUGAAGAUGAAGCCAAACUUGUUAUAUUCCCAGACCACUAUGAAAUAGCACUACCAAAUAUUGAGGAGUUACCUGCCCUGGUAACAAUUGCUUGUGAUGCAGUGCUUAGCUCAAAAUCUCCGUACAGAAAACAAGACCCAGACACCUGGGAACAUGAGUUGCCAGUAUCCAAGUAUGCCAAUAACCUCACCCAGUUGGACAAUGGAGUCAGGAUUCCUCCAAGUGGUUGGAAGUGUGCCAGAUGUGACCUGCGGGAAAACCUCUGGUUGAACCUCACCGAUGGCUCCGUCCUGUGUGGGAAGUGGUUCUUUGACAGCUCUGGGGGCAACGGGCAUGCCCUGGAGCAUUACAGAGACAUGGGCUACCCUCUCGCUGUGAAACUGGGAACCAUCACUCCUGACGGGGCAGAUGUUUAUUCGUUUCAAGAAGAGGAACCUGUUACGGAUCCUCACUUGGCCAAGCACUUAGCGCAUUUUGGAAUCGAUAUGCUUCAUAUGCAUGGGACAGAGAACGGGCUCCGGGACAAUGACAUCAAGCCGCGGGUCAGCGAGUGGGAAGUGAUCCAGGAGACGGGGACGAAGCUGAAGCCCAUGUAUGGCCCCGGGUACACGGGGCUCAAGAACCUGGGCAACAGCUGCUACCUCAGCUCCGUCAUGCAGGCCAUCUUCAGCAUCCCCGAGUUCCAGAGAGCGUAUGUAGGAAAUCUUCCCAGAAUAUUUGACUAUUCGCCUUUAGAUCCAACACAAGAUUUCAACACACAGAUGACUAAGUUAGGACAUGGCCUUCUCUCAGGCCAGUAUUCCAAGCCUCCAGUGAAAUCCGAACUCAUUGAACAGGUGAUGAAGGAGGAGCAUAAGCCUCAGCAGAAUGGGAUCUCUCCACGCAUGUUUAAGGCCUUUGUAAGCAAGAGUCAUCCAGAAUUCUCCUCCAACAGACAGCAGGAUGCCCAGGAGUUCUUCCUGCACCUGGUGAAUCUGGUAGAGAGGAACCGCAUUGGCUCAGAAAAUCCAAGUGAUGUUUUCCGGUUUUUGGUGGAAGAACGCAUUCAGUGCUGUCAGACCCGAAAAGUCCGCUACACGGAGAGGGUGGAUUACCUGAUGCAGUUACCUGUGGCCAUGGAGGCAGCAACCAACAAAGAUGAACUGAUCGCCUAUGAGUUAACGAGAAGGGAAGCAGAAGCAAACAGAAGACCCCUUCCUGAGUUGGUUCGUGCCAAGAUACCAUUUAGUGCCUGCCUCCAGGCCUUUUCUGAACCAGAAAACGUGGAUGAUUUCUGGAGCAGUGCCCUACAGGCAAAGUCUGCGGGUGUGAAAACAUCUCGCUUCGCCUCAUUCCCUGAAUACUUGGUAGUGCAGAUAAAGAAGUUCACUUUUGGUCUUGACUGGGUUCCCAAAAAAUUCGAUGUUUCUAUUGAUAUGCCAGACCUACUUGAUAUCAACCAUCUCCGAGCCAGGGGGUUACAGCCAGGAGAGGAGGAACUUCCGGACAUCAGCCCCCCCAUCGUCAUUCCUGAUGACUCAAAAGAUCGCCUGAUGAACCAACUGAUAGACCCCUCAGACAUCGAUGAGUCAUCGGUGAUGCAGCUGGCCGAGAUGGGCUUCCCUCUAGAAGCGUGUCGGAAGGCUGUGUACUUUACUGGAAAUAUGGGAGCCGAGGUGGCCUUCAACUGGAUCAUUGUUCACAUGGAGGAGCCAGAUUUUGCCGAACCAUUGACCAUGCCUGGUUAUGGAGGAGCAGCCUCUGCUGGAGCCUCUGUUUUUGGUGCUACUGGGCUGGAUAACCAGCCUCCGGAGGAGACUGUAUCUAUCAUCACCUCCAUGGGAUUCCAUCGAAAUCAGGCUAUUCAGGCGCUACGAGCAACGAACAGUAACCUGGAAAGAGCCCUGGAUUGGAUCUUUAGCCACCCCGAGUUUGAGGAGGACAGCGACUUUGUGAUCGAGAUGGAGAAUAACGCCAAUGCAAACAUUAUUUCCGAGGCCAAGCCGGAAGGACCUCGAGUCAAGGAUGGAUCUGGAAUGUACGAAUUAUUUGCAUUCAUCAGUCACAUGGGAACAUCUACAAUGAGUGGCCAUUAUGUUUGCCAUAUCAAAAAGGAAGGAAGAUGGGUGAUCUACAAUGACCACAGAGUGUGUGCCUCAGAAAGGCCCCCUAAAGACCUGGGCUACAUGUACUUUUACCGCAGGAUACCAAGCUAAACCUCAGAUGUACAAAUCGGCGAGAAGCCAUACGCCUUUUUAAUUUGCCAAAAAAAAAAAAAAAAAAAAAAAAAAAAAAAAAAAAGUUGGGACAGCCAGACAUGAAGGAAUACAUGGGGGUAUUUAUAGUUUAUUUAAAGAACAUCAUUUGACGCCUUCUGAAAUAGAACUGGGAAGACAUUUCUAUUAGCAAUGAUACACUACUGUAGAUAGUUUUUCUUUUUAUAAAUGUUCGAGGAGAGAAUGAUUAAAAAGAGAAAAGUGUUCCUAUUGCUGGUAGGGAAUCUGCCACUGGCACGUGCCACCAGGAAUGUGCCACCAAUCCUCAGUUUUGCUUUGGGGGUCAGUGGUCUGGCCCCACCCACAAUAAAUGAAAAGCCCACUUUUGUUUCAUAGUGAAAAUCAGUAACUGGGCUGGGCUUUAUUUGUGACAUACUUUUUCCAUUCAGUACAAUAAUUCCCGACCUAUCUGUGUAUAGUAAAUGAGAGUAUCUGCAAUGAAAUGUUUUUAAUUUAAUCCCAUCACAAUUCAGAACACAACUGUACGAAUGUGUGUGAGACUGAGAUUGAGAAUCUCAACGAGGAAAUCUGUGGCGGGUUGGUUUGGAAAGGUUAAAACAGUUGGCGUUAAGCAUAGCUGGGAAAAGCAAGGACAUCUUUUAAAGAAACCAUAACUCAGGAACAGUUGAAAAAAUUAGUUCCCUGCUUACAUUUUCAGGCAUAAACUGGAUGGAGUUGUCCCUUUAAGCGCUGUCAAGAAUUCACUUGGGUGUGCGACAUUUGGUGGUGUAACGCCAGAUGCCAGAUGCCCAGAGCAGCACAAUAUUAUUCUUUGCCAAAGGUAGAUGGAUUCUGUGUGUCAGCAGCCCUUCCCUCUAAGGUUUAGUGUGUAUUUUUAGCUGAUCGCUUCUUACCAUCACACAUGACAAGUCCUUGGAAUCGUGCUAAGUGCCCCGAAUUAGUCUGUGGUUUUUCUCCUCCCUGAGCUCUUUGCUUGCCUCCAUUUCUACAUUUUCUGGGGCCAGAGUCUCACCUCUGCCCUUUCUUGGCUAAUCACCUCCUGACUUGCCUUCACUGCUUGUCUGCUGCCACCAACAAUGCGAUCUUGGGCACGUCCAGGGGUUCAGAUGCAAAGAAACCUGGCAUGAUGUUACGAAAGACCAUCGUUUCCACGUGGUACUUCAGCACGUUAAUGGCAGCGUGGGAUUAGAAUUUCAGGUGGGAUGAAAAAGUGGAAGGCUAGGGCCCUAGAGUUCUUCUACUGCUCUGCACCAAGUUCCAGUCUCUGGAGUUUCUAUUUCAGAUGAUUCAGUCAAAUGAAAAAGGAUUUGUUGCUGUCCGCUUGACAUGCCUUUGAUUGGUAGAAAGGAUCUUUUUAGAAACUGGAGGAAGAUAAAAUAGAACCAGUUGGGUGAAAUACAGCACAGAAGUGGAUUAUGACCCAGGGAGCUAUGAGUUAUCAGGAUUUGGUUAUGAUGGGGCCUGUCGCACAGAGAUCUGUGAGCACAGAGCCCAAAGGCGGGUCCCGGAGCCCUGGGGGCUGCCUCUAGCUGGGCACGUCCCUCCUCCUCCUGUGCCUCACUCUCUUUGUCUGUACAAUGGUAUGAUGACAUCUCUCUUUUUCCAACUUUGCUUUGCAGACAUGGUGAGAUUGGAUACCUUGAAUCUUUAAAGAGCAGCAGGUGGUGUGCCAUGCGGGGUGGUCCUAGUGGAGUAGGUUCCCUCCUCUCUCAUUUGAUGUUUUCUUCAGUUUGGGAACAAAUGAGGUUGGCAUAAGGAGGGAGCUCAUGGUGCAGUCAUUCUCUACGAAACUCUGCCCGCUGGGGUCAUAUUUAAUGCUGACUGGAACUCUUUUACAUGAGUCCUUGACUCCCGUACAAAUCCCCACGCUCAGAAACCUUACAGAGUCUGGUCUCCUUAGGGCUGAGUGAGUAUCCUGGAAUAAUGCCGCCAGACACAUAAAAAAUGACCAGUUUUCAUGCUAUUACAAAGCAAAGGCCUUUUUUAGGGGUGGGGGCAUGAUUGAGGAUUUGGAUUGAAAUGUGGACAAAGAUAGCAUGUGUAUUUUGCACAAAAUAAAAAUUUUAUAAUAAAACCUUGCAAAAUGGAUGGUAUAAAAUAAGUAUAGAAAAUUAUAAGCGAUACAAUAUUUAAUUUAAUUAAGCAGAAAAAUUAAUUUAGCCCUUUUUGAUGCCUAAACAUACUGUAAAAAAAAAGUAAUAUGGCUGCCUUUUUUUUUCUGCCUCAAAAAACAAAGGGCUAUUUCUACAAGGCAAAGUUUUGUAUAUGGGCUAUUCUUCAUUUCAGAUGGAAAAUUGGGGGAAAACUGGAGCAAAUAAUGAGUUUCUUUCUGCUUAAAAAAUGUAUUUAUAUGUAUUCCUUAAUAUAUAUAAGGCAGGUUUCCCUGGAAUAAAAGUCUGGAACAUACUGCUUAAUUUUACACAUGUAUGUAGAUGAAAUUAUUUGUAACUGAAAACUGGAAUCAAUAAUGGGUUUUGUCAAUUGAUUAUCAGCCUGUUAGGAGUCCUCUGUGUGAGGCGUGGUGGUAUAAUUGUGAAUUUCUUACUGUGUGUGGGUGCACGUGUGAGAGAGCCCUUUUUCCUGUAAAUAUCUUUUGAUAUCCAUUUGUGUAAAAUCCCAAUGAAUGUGUCUUUGGAAAAUAUAAUGUAUCAAAGUUUUUAUUUUGUCAGUUGAUCUAAAUGUCCAUAUAACUAAUUAGAAAUCUGGUUUGGUUCAAAUUGGGGUAUUUUUUUUUUUUAA